AUGGAAGAGUCAUUUUCAUUUCGCCCAAAUUUCCCUCCUAUUCCCCCCAUUUUGGUCAGCGAGAAAAACAAGAAGACUCUAAAUUCACGUGGCCCACCGGCAGCGGCUACCGACUACUCAUCUCCGCCGCUUACAGCCGUGUUCUACCGUAGAGAAGGUAUGGCGACAAAAAAAAGAGACAGAAAUAACCUAUUAGCCGUUACCGGAGCUGCUGCCUUCGUAGCCGUGGCCGUCAAGUUCGCCAUCGAUGCUAUUAACUCAAAGAGAAACGAUCUAAAGAAGAAAGGUCUUCGAGGCUCCAUUGUUAGGGCUAAUCUUUCGGCAUCGGAAAUACUUAAACUGGCUGAUCGUUUGAUUGCUAACUCGAAGGCGGUUCAUGACGCAGUAGCUUCAGUUCCUCUUGAUAAGGUCACAUAUACGAAUGUUGUGUUACCUCUUGAAGAAUUGGAAGCAUCCCAAUUCCCACUGAUCCAGUCUUGUAUCUUCCCAAAAUUCGUGUCUACUUCUGAAGAAAUACGAAAAGCAAGUGCUGAAGCAGAAAGAAGAAUAGAUGCUCAUGUCUCAACCUGCAGCCAUAGGGAAGAUGUAUAUCGCACUGUUAAAGCCUUUGCAGCAAAAGGGGAAUGGAAAAGCAUGGAAUUAAAACGUUACACACAAUUCCUGAUUAGAGACUUUGAACGUAAUGGAAUGAAUCUGAGUAUAACAAAAAGAGAGGAAUUACAGAGGCUGAGGACACAAAUUGAUGAGCUAAGUCUCCAAUAUAUCCAGAAUUUGAAUGAUGAUAACUCAUUUCUUCUUUUUGAUCACUCAGAAUUGCUGGGAUUGCCACUAGAGUUCCUUAAGAGCUUACAGAAAUCUGAGAAUGAUAAAUACAAAAUCAGUCUGAAAAUCCAUCAUGUUUCAGCUGUACUUGACCUAUGUAAGGUGGGGUUGACCAGGAGGGAUGUUGCAGUAGCUUAUGGUAGAAGAUGUGAAGCCAAUCUUCCCAUAUUAGAGAAACUGGUUCAAUUGCGCCAUAAAUCUGCUAGAUUACUUGGCUACAGUAACUAUGCUGAUUUUGUUGUUGGUUGUAGAAUGGCAAUGUCUUCCUCAAAGGUAUUUGAGUUUCUAGAGGAAAUCUCUGCAAGUUUAAACGAUUUAUCUUCCCAAGAACUUAACCUACUAAAAGACUUUAAGAAGAAAGAGGAAGGAGAAAUUCCCUUUGGAAUUCAAGAUCUUCCAUAUUACAUAAAGAAAGCUGAAGAAGAACAAUUUGAUCUUGACUUUGAAGCUGUAAAGCAGUACUUUCCUGUUAGUUUAGUUCAAUCAGGGAUUUUCAAAGUAUGCGAAGAUCUUUUUGGCUUAAGAUUCGAAAAGGUUACCAAUUCAGACACCUGGCAUAAUGAUGUGGAGCUUUUUUCAGUUUUUGACUUGAACUCUACUGAUUUAAUUGGUUACUUCUACCUUGAUUUAUAUACCAGGGAAGGAAAGUAUGGACACACUUGUGUUAUCCCUCUUCAAAAUAGCUCAUUAAUCAAUGGUUCAAGACAGAUUCCUGUGGUCUUGUUGGUAGCCCAAAUAAAAAAAGAAGGUGGUGGUGAUCCAGUGUUAUUAAGGUUCUCUGAAGUGGUUAAACUUUUUCAUGAGUUUGCUCAUGUGGUCCAUUGUAUGUGCAAUCGUGCAUCAUAUGCAAGAUUCAGUGGAAUGCGACUUGAUCCUGACUUUGUGGAAAUACCUGCUCUGGUUUUAGAAAAUUGGUGUUAUGAAGCAGCUUCCCUGAAGCUAAUAUCUGGUUUUCAUCAGGACAUUACAAAGCCUAUAAGUGAUAAUGUGUGCAAAUCGAUUAAAAAAUGGCGAAGUUCCUUUUCAGCAAUUAAAUUGAAGCAAGAAAUUUUAUACUGUCUAUUUGAUCAGAUUAUUCAUUCAACUGAAAACGUUGACAUCAUUGGUUUAUUUAAGCAUCUUCACCCAAAGGUAAUGUUAGGUUUACCAAUGUUGGAAGGAACAAAUCCAGCCUCUUGUUUCCCAAGUAGUGCUAUUGGAUGUGAUGCUGCUUGUUAUACUCAUAUUUGGAGUCAGGUUUUUGCAGAUGAUAUAUAUGCAUCAAAGUUUCGUGAUGAUAUUUUCAACCAGAAUACUGGCAUGCAUUUCAGGAAUAAGAUAAUGGAAGCUGAAGGAUCAAAGGAGCCUAUUGAACUUUUAUCGGAUUUUCUUGGAAGAGAACCCACGGUCAAAGCUUUUGUUGACAGCAAAGCAGCAAAUUAUAAUGAUGCAUCGUUUAGAUGAAAAUGAGUCAGAAGAUUUGUUUUGUGUUUUAUUUUUAAGAAAAAGGUUUUUAAAUAGGGAAAAUUACAAAAACAUAAUGCAUGUAUUUCAGUCUAAUAUUUGAAUUCAUGACGAUGGAUCUAGGUG